GUUCUUCAUAGACGUUCACAUGUUGCAACAUGAUACAGACCAGACUGUGAGGUACCUGGCUUUCUCUGUGUUGAUCUGAUUUGGAUGAAAACCAACAUGAUGGUAACGGCUGCAACGGAUGUUAGCCAAGAAGUUUCCUCGUUCCAGACCGUCUUGGGCAAGCUGCAGGGCAAGCAAGAUGGCGGGUCGAGCGAGGACAGGAUGGUUGUUUACGAGGCAAUCUCCAACUGGUUUAAUAAUAAUGAUGCAGCAAGGAUCAAGGACAGCACAAACAUCGAUGUCAGUGUCUUCGUUCGUCAGUUCAGUACCGAUGUCAUGUCAGAGGACACGAGCAUGGUCCAAGCUGCUCUUGUUGCUAUGGGAUUCUGCCUCAAUCAGUCGGGGAUCUUAAGGGCAUUUACCAAUGAACAGUGCAGUCUUGUCGUGAAGGCAUUAUGCAAUUGUUUAUUGAAGACGGAUGAUAAGAGUCUCUGCACCAGAGCAUUAUGGUGUCUCGCAAAGCAAAACAUAAAACCAGAAAUCAUCAAAGGAGAGAUCCAUACAAUCCUGUGUAGUGUUGAGAAAGCUGUGCAAGGGGAAGGAAGUGCUAAAUCAUUAACUGUGCAACAUGAAUCAAUUGAUGUCAUUAUCAGGCUACAAGAGCAGCUUCCUGAAGACAUGUCUCACCACGCGGCCCGCUGGGGUAAACUCCUCCUUCCGAACCUGGUCCACAUGGCUCCAAAGAUCCGGGACCGGGCCAUCCACGCCACCCACCUUGGGUUGGUUGCCAUGGUGCAGGCAAGGGCGGAGCUAGUUGGGCCUUUGGUUGCUGAUUUGAAGAGCGUCUUGCUGACGGAGAUGGUGAAAUUGUUUCGGGCCAGGAAUGAACUGUCGAUGUUAAAAGUAUGGACGUACUAUGUCACAAUACUGGGAAAGACAUUGCACAAGGGAGGUAGUCUGAUAAACAGUCUUCUCACCGUUAUCGAGCUCGGCUUCAAAAGUCCACAACCCGAAGUUAAGAAGACGGCGUACAGGAGCUGGCGUGCACUCAUCGAUAAUUUUAGUCUCGAUCUCGAUGUCCUGAGUAAUGCUAAGAGGUUGAAACUGCUCAUGCAGCCAUUCCUAGCUACCAGCAUCAGGUUUGAGAGCGUGGUCCAUACAAAGUUGGAUACUUGGUGGUAUCUGGUAUCAUCCCUGGGGACGAGGUUGCCAUCUACAUUUCAAGUGGUUUGUGCACCCCUCCUGCAGUUCACAUUAGGAUCAAUAAGAACUAGUUCGGCAGGGGUCGUGACCCCAAACAAAGGAGGGUCUGCUGCGCCCCCGUUUAUGCAGGGUUUUAGCACCCCUCAGGCAAGAACAGCAAUGCUUCCAGCCACCAGCCCCAUCACCCCUCGUCUGAACCUCUCUCUGAACGGCACCGGUGCUCAACAGACGUUUGCUUCCGUUCAACUCAGAGGGGUUCGUAUGUUGGCAGCCAUCUUGGGUAUUCAGGAGCCUUCGAAAGCUGCUAAAGGUGCUCCAGAUACAGUAGAUGUAUUACCACAGAAAUUAUUGAGUAGCCCUAGCGUUUUCAGCAAGAUUGCCCCAUGUCUUGCCCCCUAUGUAAUGGAUGUCUUGUUCUUCCAAGAUGAGACAAUAGGUGACCUUCCGCUAAGGAUAUUCAGCGAGUUUGUUGAGCAGGUUGGAGCGGUCCUCGAGGGAUCAUCUAAGCGGGACAGUGUCGGAGUCUUCGCCCUUCUCACAGAGCACUUGACAACAGUCGUCAACUCAAACCAACUACCUCCUUCAACAGUUCUAAAACUUCUUGAUUGUGUAAGUCAGCUGCCAAAGAAAGUACUAUCAUCUUCAAGCUAUCACACCGGAAGCGCUGGUGUUAUGCAUGGUACACCGGCUCUUUACCUAACCAGUCUUCUUUUCAACCAAACAACAGUCGUAUCAAAGCCUGAAGAAAGGUUUUUCAGUAUUCUCAUCCGAUUGGUUGAAUGUGGAAUGGCAUCGCCGGGAACGUUCCUUGGGUUCAGUCAGUCCGUCAUAGCAACGGUUGACAAGGUCUCGGAUUCCGUUACCAGCAAGGAGGCCCUCUGGAGGAUGUGGAGUGUGUUGGCCGGUCCAUUAUUGCAACAUAUUGUUCAGACAAAUGAAGUAAACCAAGGUGAUUCCCUUGAGCAUGACUUCUCAGCUGUGAUUGCCUGUUUGCUCUUUCCCAUUCAACACUUGCUCACAGCUGAUCUAACUCAGGCUACGGUCAAGACACUAUUGAAGCUAUGGUCAGAGCUGUAUGAGGCGUUUGCACGGUCAGCUUCAAGGGUGACCAUUGCUGAAGCCAACCAAUGCUGUGAGGAUAUCAGUAGCAAGCUAUUGACCCAGGUCACCGGAGCAGCUCUAGAGAAAUGGUACUACAUUGAUGCAGUAAGCCAGGUUUGUCACGCGAUCACCCAGAACCUUGAUCUGUCACACUAUACUGUAACUACACCAGGAUCACCUCGCCAUCCAGGGAAACGACCCAAGGUCAAAAGCCGUUACCAAGGUAACCUCACAUCGCUGGUCAAGCUGGUUGCUUGUGUGACAGAAGCAUGUGCAGAUCUUUGUAAGAAGCAGACAACUCUCUUUUCACCUUCACUUAGUCAGACCGAUGUUGUACACUGGUUUUCGGCUUCACAGUCUCUUAUUGGUGCUAUGUCAGACUGUUGCCGAGUGGGUCUACCCUCAUACAUUCAUGGAAUCUUGAUAAACUGGAGCAAACCCUUAGGACAUUUCAUGCAUUUUGUUGCCAGCCCAAACAUAGCUAAGAAAGACUACCUCAGUGCAAUAGAAGAUAAACUAGAACGUCUCUGGAUCGAUCUCACGACCACUGUCCAGAACCGUUACUCAAAGGGCUUUGAUUCGGCAUUCCUCAACGUGAUGGCGCCGGCAUUGGAAGCUGCCUUCACGCAUAAGAAGCGCAGUUUACGGAAUUACACUCUCGUCUUCUGGACGUCCACAUUUGGGAAUGAAGACGCGCUGCAAUAUCCCGAUGUCUUGAAACCUUGCUUAGCCAAGAUGAAAAUGAUUGGAGAGAUAGCUCUUCCAGGAUGGUCAGAGAAGGAAGAUAUUUUGAGUGAAAAUGCUGUCAUUCCAGAGACGGAAGACCCUGAUGACGUCAUGGCUCCCCCUGCCCCGCCAGUCAUCCCAAACUUUGGAGGCCCAUCUCCCCAGAAGAUGCACGGCAGUUUCCUCCACCGACUGGAUGAUGCCAAGAAGCUCCUAGAGGCCUCUUCGCCGGUCAAGGGUCAAAUUACCUCACCGAGGCGGAGUAGGAGGGUCCAGACCUACUCCCCCGGGUCUGCAAAGAGGAAGCAGUUCGCAUCGCCCUUGACAACGGACGCUGCCAAGAGAAGGUUGCAUGUUGAUGAAGACAAGAAUACGGCCUUUGUAGUUAUCUCGUCUGAGCCAAAGAAGAAGCGUGUUUUGACGGAGCACCAGAAGGAGGUGAUGAGGACCAAGCGGGUCUCGCUGGCCCUGUAUAAUGGCUUAGACCAGUCCCAAGAUACCCAGGCCUUCAAGGACCUGACCCAGACCCAGAGCCAGUCCCAAACACCAUCCCCAAUACCUACCCCAGAAGUGGAGGACCUCCCAGAUGAGUCAAAGAAAUUCAACUUCUCAGGAAUAACAGAACAAACUUCCGCUGCAAAGGACGAAGCUGAAGAAGAGAAGAAGGAAGAAAAUACCAAAGACACCAACGGAGAUGACAGUCUGAUUGUUCUACCAAGCAGCCAACAAAAUACGCAGAAGCCAGCCAGAAGGGUGGUGACCUUUUUUGAACCAGUGAAGAAGAUGUCUUCACCGAUCAAAGAUGCUGGACAGAUUCUUAUUGAAGGUGGUAACCAUAUAGAAGAUGCUAGUGAAGAUAGUAGUACCGGGGAUAUAUGGAGUGAUGCUGUCCAGGAGCUGCCCGAGCUUGUAAAGGAAUCAUCUGUGGUGAUAGUGGAGGACACCUGCCAAGAGGAAUCUCAAGAGGACUUGAGACUACUGUCCGGUGGAGCGGCUGCGGAAGAUGAGGUGAAGCAACGAAAUGCAGAAUUCGAUGUGCCCGAGACACAAGAUGAUUCUUCAAAAGAAGUGGGUGUCUGUGAUAUCUCUGACUCUCUGCCAGUAGUUGUCGGUGAUAGUCCAGUAAAAGGUGAUUCUGUGAAAGAAGCGGAUGUUUGUGAUAUUUCCGACUCUUUGCCAGUGGAUGUUGGUGAGAGUCCAGUCAAGGAUAACGUCAUUCCGGAAUCCUGUGUCGAAAGCCCUGUGAAGGAUGACAAACCUGCCAUUGCCCAGAAAGAAAGUCCUGAAAGAGAUGUGCCCUCGGAUGCUGAAGAUCUGACUGAUGUUCUCCCAGAUGGUAGAUUUAAGAAAGUUGUUAGCACACCAGUCAUUAAGCUGCAAAAGUUAAGCCAACAGGAUAUUGAACUGUACAGUCCUAGGGCUGCAAAAUACAGUGAAGGACACACUCGAAAGGAGAGUCCCUUCAAGAAACCAAAGGAUGACACUUCUGCAAGGGGUUCCGAAGAAGGGGGAACUCCUCGUCUAAGGAGGUACAGAUCAGAUGAGAUACACAACAGAAGAGGAACACCAAAGUCAGCUCGUAGAUCCUAUUCUCUCAGUGAAGUUUCAAGCCCUAAGAGUAAAGAUAGCCCCUCAAAGACAGUGACAGAUCUGAAUUCCCUACAGGCUAGUCAACAGGACCUUGCAGAAUUGGCUGAGAGAUAUGAGCUAGACGGGAUAGCGCCAUUGGGUGAUGAUCUAGACCAGAGUAUUGAAGAAUGCCUUAGAAAUUUGAACGAUCAGGAUGCCAACACUAUUGAUGAUCUGCCAGCUGUGGACUUUGGUCAGACUCAGAAAGAUGAUGAAGUUAGGCCUGAUCUGGAAAGAAUAAAAGAUCACGUUGUUGAUCAGGCCAUGCCUGAUGAGGAUAUUAUUUGCAGUCAACAAGAACUUUUCUCAAGCAUGGAUGAGACUAUGGAUGAAACGGUCAUUGAGGUCAAGCCUCAGUUAUCAGAGGUAGGGGCCGAGAAGGAUGUUGACAAAGUGGUGCAAUCUGUCGAAGGAUCACCUGAAAAGUCCACAGCGAUGAAGAGAGGUAGGCCUCAAAAGUCAGAGAGCAAUAAAGAUGAUUUUGCAAGGUCACAAGAGCUAAAUGAGGAGGAAAACUCCCAGGAUUCUACUUGUGCAAAUAUCGUCAAUGUGGAACAAGUAAAGAGAAGGAGACGAAGGUCUAAGCUAUCUCAAAACUCAGAGAAUGAAAGCCAAGAAAAGGAAAAUUUGCAGGUUAAGGAUACUGCCAGAAGGAGAAGGUCAAGAAAAAUAGAUGAUGGUGAUGAGAGUCAGGCCUUAGAAAAAGAAGAUAAAGAAAAAGAAAUUAAAAGCCAGAGGGGCAGAUCCCAAAAGAUUCAAGAUAGUCAGCCAGAUACAGCUCCAAGCCUAGAAGAUGCAGAAGUGAAAAAAUCUGAAAAGAGAAGACAGAGGUCUCGAAGAGGAGAAGAGAAGACAAGUUCUUUAGAUAAUGACAGUCAAGAAAGUGAGAGUGAAGUACAAGAUAUACAAAGGAAUAUUGGUAAAUCAAGGAAGAUGGAUGAGAAUGAAGAAGUUAAUCAGAAAGAAGAAAGUGAAGAUGGAACUAAAGGAAGAAAGAGAAGGCAUUUAAGAUCCAAAGACAAAGAAGUUUCACAAGAGCAUCAAUCAGAAGUUCCUAAAAGAAAGAAGGAAGGUUCUUCAGGAAGGCUUGCAGCUGAUUCAGGUUUGUUUGAUGGGAAACAGCAAGAAGAUAAGAACAAGGAACAGGAGGAAGUAAUUCUCGAAGAUCAGAAAGAAGUUUUGCCGGAAGCUGAUUUGGCAGCUCCAACUCGCGUGACAGAACCUACAGCCGAUAGUAGCUCUGAAGACCUGUUUGGAACCUGCCCUUCUGAUGGUCAAAGUGAGGCCUUGCCUACGGUUGGUGAGGAUAGUGAAGACUCUCAGUUGGAUGAUAGUAUUUCAAGUGAGGAUGAUGACAUCCCUCUUGUUCAAAUCAAAGCAUCACUGCAGACUAAAGCAAAUGUAGAUAUACCACAGUCAGAGGUUAGAGAUGCUGGUAAUUCAUCUGAAGAUUCAGAAGUGGAUUUUCCAAUUAUGACACCGAGUACAAAGGAAGAUAAGGUCAGCCCUACAACUGAGACACCCCCUAGGGACCAAUUGGCUGAAAUGCUGACUAAGAUCAAGGAGAAGGAUACUCCAAAGCAUUCCCUUUCUGCUGUGAAAGGAGAGGAGGUUUUGACUGUGACUAGGUCUGGACGAAAAUGUAGACCUAGUGCUAAAAUAAGAUGUGCUAAGGACAUACUCAGGAAAGCUUUGAAUUCGCCUGAAGGAAGACACAAGGUCAACAAAUCAACAGCUGUGGAAGUGUUGAAGUCUCCCAAAAGAAUAUCACCAAAGGCACUUAGAUCAAUGGCCAAGAAACUGGCAGCGAAAGAAAUAUCUCCCUCCAGUGGAAAGAAAAGACAUAAACGUAGAAGCUCCACUCCAGAAAAGCAAGAUAUAUCAGAAACUGAAAAAGCAGCAGCGAAGACAAGUGUAGAUUUACCUAAUGAGGAUGUUAUGUCAUAUGCAAUAUCUCCAAAGUCAUUAAAGGUCUUAGCUGAAAAGGUUGCCCAAGAUAUGUCCCCAGAACAGAGACUAUCUCCUCCGCAGGUCAUGUCUGAGAGGAAGCCACAGUCCCCCAAAACUUCUGCUCUUACCAGUAGUCAAAUCCUCCGUAACACCAGGUCUGGCAAGGUUAGCAAAAGGUCAAAGUCACCAGUAUCUCGUAGGCUGAGGUCAAAGAUGUUGAUUCUCUCUCCUGGACCUGUGAGGACAAGAUCUGGCACCAAGCUAUCUAGGAUGGAAAUCAAGAAGCGCAACAAGAAACAAAAGGCCUCAAAGGAACCCCUUGAUCAGUCCCAUGAAGAAGAAGGCAUUGAGGACAUUGUUGACAGCGAACGACCUAAGGAGGAAUCAGAUCAUGAAGUUGAUGAGGACAUGACUAAUCAAGGAGAGGAAGUUAUUGUCAUCAAGGAUACAAUGAGUCAAGAGAUAGAUGAGGACAGUACUCAAGUUGAAGUUAAAAUAGAAGGUUUAGAUAACAAAACAGAACAAGCCACUGAUAUGGAGAGCAAGGAUAGUGGGAACAAAGAGAAUAAGUGUAUUAUUCCUGUUGAUGCUGUCAUCAAGGAUUCUGCUGUUGAUGAGGAUGGUGAUAUUGAAAUGAAAGACUUAGAGCAGAUGAUGUCCCAGGAUGUUGAGGUGCCCGAAGCUCUUGAUGAUGUCCCUGACCAAGUCCUUAAAGAAUCUGAACAUGUAGAUGAGAUUGAAAACAAAAUAGCAAAACAAUCAGGAGAGAGUGAAGUCCUUGCAGUGGAAGACACCACACCAUCAUCAGAACUCCCUUCAGAACCUGUCACUGUGGUACAACAGGUGGAUGAGGCUGUUGUAAAAAAAGAUGAGGGUAUUAAACCAAGUGAUCCUGGGCGAAUGAAGACGAGAUCUAAGAGGAGUAGUCAGAGGUUGACAUUUGGAGAAAAAGAUGAAUCUGAAGAACGCACAUCAGAAAUGGAAAGCAAGAGCUCCCUCAGAGCAGUGGACAAACUGAAUGAGGUGAAGGCUGUAGAGGAGGAAGACAAAACAGAGGUUGGUGGAGAUGAAGAUCUUGAUGAUGAGACAAGCAGUGAAAGUGAGGAAUCUGAAGAGGAGCAGGAGAUGGAGAAUGAGGGAAUGGAUGAGCUUCCAAAGAGCACAGAAACCCUUGAGAAAGAUGGAGAUCAGCAGAAGGUUGAAGGAACUCCCAUCGGCGUGGUGUCUUCAGGUCUAGAUGUUCAAGAUACCGAAGAGGACAUAAUAAACAGUAGUCAAAGCCCCCUGAAACCUCUGGGAGAGGAUGAUGAGGUGGAAGACACGACUGACUCCCCAUCCCAAAGACUAAGCUUCCCUAGUCUCUCCUUCGCAGACCUGAACAACCUUGCCUCUCCAGAGAAACCCAAGAUGACCGCUGUCACCACGGAAGGAGGACCCUUUCAGAUCUCGCCCAUCAUCCCUACCAAGUUCACCCCAAGGGUUCAGGGGUCACCGGAAGGGGCGAGCAUGCGACCCAUGUGGCUCAACCCGGUUGAUUCCCCGGAGGGUAGCAUACCUCACAUGUAUUCGCCCACGGCGUCACCAAGCAGCGGGAUUCUGAAGCACCGUGAUUUGGUCGGAAGCAGUUCUCCAUCCCCGUCCAGUAAGAGCCGUCGUGUGAGUUUUGCUGAUAAGGUAUUCAUUGAGCCAGAGCCUCUUCAAGACCACAGUGCUAUCACCAAGGUUUCCAAACCCUCUGACAGUUCUGUCGCACAUGCUUUACCACAAGAACCCUCCAGAGUGCGCCUUCCGAUGUCUCCACUCGUUACCACGGCUGCAUCAAAAGUUAUGGCCCAUCAUCAUAAGUACAUCACCACGCCCUCUAAGUCGGAUUCCAGCCAGUCGUCAACGUCGUCGCCAUCGUCCAAUACCCUGCAGCGGUUGAGGAGAAAGAGUCCCCAUUCCAGUCGGCGUAUGAAGAGCAAGACGGUCAAGAGCUUUCCUAAUAACAAGUCAGCCACGUAUGCAAGCAAAGUCUUCCAUAUGGUCAAUCAACACCAGGCAGAUCAGAAGAAAUCCAACGCCCCGUCCCAAAGCACCCAGGGGUCACUUACCCAGGGGAGUCCUUCAACACAGGUCGAGAGCAGCUUAGAAGCCCAGGGGGAGAGCCAAGGAUCUGUGUACCCCGCCCUAGCGGAGUGUUCCCUCCCAGUCGAGAGUGUGUUACAUCGUCUAACCUCGUCCAUGUGGUCUAGAGGUCUUGGUCAGCUAGUCCGGGCCAGGAAUAUCAGGACCAUCGGGGACCUGUCAUCUUUGUCACCCAUGCAGGUUCAAUCACUGCCAAUCAAGUCUCCCAAAGUUAGUCAUCUCAAGCAUAUCCUGGGAAAAUUCCAAACAGAAAAGUUCCCAGAAUCUAAAGGAACAGAUGUAGAUUCACUGACAAAGACAGACAGCAGUGCAAAAGAUGAAGGCAGCUCAACACCUCCAGGGAGACCUGCAGGUCAAAGGUCAACCAAUGCUGCCAUGGAGAUGACCUCCAAGGAUUCCAGCAGUUUGUCACCACCCAGGAGUCCUCGAUCAGCACCCGAUACCAAUCUCCUCGGACGACUGACCGGUCUGGUUUCCGAUUUCAGAGAGGGCGCCCUCGAUUCUUUGCCUGCCAUCGAUCUGUUCCGAGCUCACCAGCACGUCAAUGAACUGACUGAUAUUAUCAUGGAUGCUCUAAAGAUGAAGUGCAAUUCACCCAGUAUGUCAAAAGAUAACUAAGGUCAGAGGUCGAAGGUUGUACUUCAGUAGUGCCUUGUUUAUCAUAUAGAUGCACCUGUCAACCUAUAUAUAGUCUGACCUGAUGGACCAUAGAUGAGAUUAUUAAUAGAACUGAAAACUUUUGUGGAGUCCUAUCAAUCGAGCUGUGAGUGAUUAAGAUUUAAAAAAGUUCUUCCUCUCCAUUUCU